UCAGGGUGGCCAAAGAGAAGUGUACUGCUGGGAGAUUCCCAUGCCGGGGGGGUGUCUUUCUCUCAGUUGUUUGAACUACCUUAAAAAAACUACCCCAGGCUUCCUCCUGGGCUCCAUGUUUUGUAAAGUCUGAUAUCCUGUGGGCAUUUUGGAGAAAGUCUCACGGGAGACACCUGUGGGCAGCCAAGAACAGUGUUCUUGAGUUGGAAAAAGAGUUCAGAGAAAUUGUGGACAGAUUUAUCACUGUAGAACAUGGCUGUUGAGAUGAAGACUGUUUCCUUGAAAAAGGGAAACAAAAGGUAUUUUUUUGUGACUGUUAAAACUUCUGUAAUAUUCCCUGGGAGAGACACACAACAGAUGUUUGAGAGCUUCUGGAAGCCAUUUCCUAGAAUCACUGAACUGCCUUAACUGUGAUUGUUUUUACUUUAUGAAUCCCAUUUUUGUCUUCAGUCCAGCUAUUUUCAGACCUUACUCUGUGUCAUACUGUUGUCUACUCUGGGAAAGAUGGUGAAUUCCCUGGACUCCUCUCUGCUAAGAGAUUUCUUCUCUAUCCUACUUCUCCAGGUAUCCAUGUGGGGCUCCGAUUCAUUCUUGGUUAUCGGCCCCUCCGAGCCAAUUGUGGCCAUGCUGGGCACUGACACGGUGCUGCCCUGUCGUGUGUCCCCACCCCUGAAUUUGGAGAGCAUGGAGCUGAGGUGGUUCCGCUCCCAGUUCUCCGAGGCUGUGUAUGUGUAUAGGAAUGGAAUGGAGCAGGCUGGAGAACAGCUGGUAGAUUUCAAGGGGAGAGCGGAGCUGGUGAAAGAUUACAUCACUGAAGGAAGAGUAGCUGUGAGAAUCUACAGUCUCCGGAUCUCAGACAAUGGAAUGUACAAGUGUUUUUUUAAAAAAGACAGUGACUUUGAAGUAGCCACUUUGGAGCUGAAGGUGAUUGGUCUGGGUUCUGGUCCUCAUGUUUUCAUGGUGGGUCCAGAAGAUAAAGGAAUAAGGCUGACAUGCAGAGGCAAGGGAUGGUUUCCUCAGCCUGAGGUACAAUGGACAGAUGCAAGGGGAGAGAAGAUACCAUCUCUCUCUGAGGAUGAGACCCAAGAUGAUGAUGGGUUGUUUCAAAUAGAGGCAUCCCUCAUUGUGAGAGACAGUUCAAAGACAGAAGUAUCCUGCUCCAUGAAGAACCCUUUCUUUGGACAAGGACAGGUGGAAACCAUUUCUAUUCCAGAAUCCUUCUUCCCUAGGACCUCUCCUUGGAAGAUAGCAUUUGCUGGGACUUUCCUCAUACUUGGGGGUUUUGUGGUUGCUGUUAUGUUUUUGGCCUGGAAACAACAACAGGAGAAGAGAAGAGUAUGGGAAGUCCAGAAGGAAAAAAAGGAAGAAAGCAAAGCCAAAGAACUGCUUGAAAAAGAGCUUGUCAAAAGGAAGCAAUUGUAUCAACAAGACUGGAGAAAAGCAAAAUUAUAUGCUGACUGGAGAAAGGAACAAUUCAAAGUAGCUGCUAUUACUCUGGAUCCAGACAGCGCUCAUCCCAAUCUCAUCCUAUCUGAGAAUAGAAAACAAGUUUCUUUAAUGGAAAAUGUUCCUCAGAACUGUGAUGCCUCAGUAUGCCAAGGACAAGAGGAAUGUGAAGCUGUCUUCAGUGUUCUGGGUCGGAAUUGCUUUAAUACAGGAAGACAUUACUGGGAGGUACAAGUCAAUAUGGGGACAGUAGCUGGACCUGUAAAUAAAUGGGCUGUGGGUGUUUGCUCAAAUACAGUAAGAAGAGAGGGGUGGUUUGUAGAAGGUCCAGAGAAGAAUAUCUGGGUGGUAGCAUAUGAGAAAGGAGAAGUCAAGUUUCCUACCUCCCCAGAGUCUCUGUCACUGAAGCAGCAUCCUCAAAGGAUAGGAGUUUUCUUGGACUGGGAAGAUGGAGAUGUGUCAUUUUACAACAUGGCUGAUGGGUCCCACAUCUGUUCCUUUACUGGACUUACCUUCUAUGAGACCCUCUGUCCUUAUUUUAGCCUUCGGGGCACUGGCACAUCUGUGACCAUCUGCUCAGGUUUAGAUUACACUGAAAAUUGUCCUGAUUCUUCUCCAAAUACCUCUGUAACUCAUUUAAGGAGUUGUGAUACAGGUGCCCCCCAAGAAGCUAAGCCUCUAUUACUUCCAUAAGAAGUGUCAGCACAUGUGCUCAGGCUUCUAGUGGUAUGUUCUCCAAGAAAGCUGCCCCUGUGUGGAGAGUAGGUCAGCUUCACUAAGUAUAAUUUCAACCCCUUCCAGAGAGGAAGAGGCAGAAAGAGGAAUGGGACAACUGCAAAAUGUCUGAAGGAAUGUCCUCUCCCGUUAUUUUUGGGGAAAGACAGCGUCUUUUUGAGUAGCAACAAUUUGUCCCAAGAAAAUUCCAAACAAAUGCAUGAUCUCUCUUCUGUUCUAGCACUCAAUGUGUAUUGAAAUAAACAUUUUUUGAAAUAAAUAUUUUUAAAGGUA